AUGACGGCUGCUCGACGACUUCCCACGAUCCAACGCCGAACCUUCCUCCCUGAUCAGUAUACCGACAAGAAGGUCAUUGACCAGAAGUACCCUGACCCUCCCAGCUUGAGCGAGGCCGAGGACCCCGGAAUGAACGGCGGCUACAUCAACCCUCCCCGAAUCAAGCGACAGUUCCGUGACCCUCAUGCGGGCUGGUGGGAUCCCCAGGAGCGACGAAACUUUGGUGAACCCAUCCACGAGGAUAACGAUGUUCUUGGAAUCUUUUCUCCCUGGGAGUACACCUGGACUACCGCUGGUCCUGGUGCUGUCAUGGUCGGAACUUUCAUCGCCGUUUUCCUGAGCGUUACCGGAGUUGUCUACCUCAACUAUCCCGAUCGACCUGCUUAUCCCCGAGAGUUUGAAGGUGGUCUGGAACGAGAGCUUGGUGGCCCUGGAGCUACAAGGGCUCGCAUGGAGGGUGAUGAGGAACCUUGA